CUUAGACACAGCAAUUCCACAAAACAGUAAAAAAACGUUCAAGUGCGCUGUGAGUUAUAAUCUGAAAAGCUGGGGAAUCCUUAUUCCACAGUAAAAACGCGCGCCUUCUGUAAGCUACGUUACUUAGUUCACAAUUUUGAUAAGAUAAAUGGAGCUCCAAGAUGUAUUCUAUUCAAAGUCACAGUACAUAGAAACAGCUAGUGGAAACAAAGUUAGUCGAAGAUCUGUUCUGUGUGGAAGUCAAAAUAUUGUAUUAAAUGGAAAAACAAUAAUUAUGUCCGGUUGUAUCAUAAGAGGUGAUUUGGCCAACAUUCGUAUUGGAAGACAUUGUGUUAUUGGUCGUAAAGCUGUUAUCCGACCACCGUUUAAAAAGUUUAGCAAAGGUGUUGCCUUUUUCCCCCUUCAUAUCGGGGAUAAUGUUUUCAUUGAAGAGGAUUCUGUUGUCAACGCAGCACAAAUUGGCUCGUAUGUACAUAUCGGUAAAAAUUGUGUUAUUGGUCGACGUUGUGUACUAAAAGAUGCUUGUGCAUUAAGAGAUAAUACAGUGUUGCCACCAGAAACAGUUGUACCUCCUUUUAGUAUAUUCGGUGGUUCACCUGGUCGUUUAAUUGGUGAACUUCCUGAGUGUACACCAGAUUUAAUGGUUGACUUGACGCACGGAUUUUAUCAGCACUUUUUACCUACAGAUGAACCUGAAACUGACUACUGAUAUUUCGAACUGGUCAAUAAAAUAUAACUCUGCACAUUUCAACGUGAUAUUUAUUGUUAUUUUCCCUAUGGAUUACUGGGAAUGGUUUUUUGCCUUUUGUAAUGUGAUUUACAUAAUUCUAUAUGUGGUGUUGUACAUGAUGGCGAAAUGUUUAGAACACUUUUCAAGUUUAUCGUGUUUGUGGUCUCGGUAUCAACUGCUUGUCACUAGUAAUUCCAUAACUGCACUAACGUGGAAUUCUAUGUUGCAAUGAAACUGCAUUGUAUUUAGUCUGUUUUCGCUAAAUAUACAUUGUAAUGAAAUCAGUC